AUGUCUGCCCUCCGACUUCCAUCCCUCCACGCCCUCAGAGCCCACCGCCCACUGCCCGUGUCCAGGUCCGUGGCGCUCAGGUCGAUGGCUUCCAGACACGGCAACGACCCGGAAGUUCUGCAGAAAGAAAAGGCCCGGAACCUGAGGGGCCAGCAAGAAUCUUCAGCGCCGCACAAGGAGCAUGCGCCCGGAUGGAACGAGCACCUUGCUGCGGACCAAGCUGGACCUUCAGGCAAGCCCGGUAAAGAGCUCCAAGAUGCCACCGUCGGUCACAUUGACAAGCACCACCACAAGGAGGACGGCAAGGCCGGGCACCGAACCCACGAUGCCCCCGGGCCCAGUCCGACCGAUAGCGAGGCAACCGUAAAGGCUGACCGAGGGGAAGCGUAA